GUCUGCCCCCUACUCAAGCCCAGAUGAAUCACGACAAGCUUUUGAAAAAUAGGAAGGGCAAGGGAGCGGCCGCCGAUGCUGCUCUUGCUAAGGCCAAGGCUGUCCAAGCUGCUAAUUCCAAUUCCUCCGCCUCUCAGGCCGAUCGGCGUACGGUUGAGGCAGAGCAGCAUCUAAUUGCCACGGUGAUGGCACAAGGGUCCCAGGCCCCAAAUGUUGAAUCUGACAUCCCCGAGGUGGUAGCGCCUCUGCAAACAGUCCAUCCUCAGGGCGGGGAGAAGGCGAAGGAUGAGAAGGCGAAGAGGCCUCGGGGAGCUGGCUCUUCAGCCCCCGUGGAUCAAGAAACGGUCCUUCCUCCCCUGGGAUGUCCGGCCCAUGAUGUCUAGCAGGAAAUUGCUUCCUUGGCCAGGGUGGAAAUGCCUCCCCGGACGUCUACGGAAGCUUCCAAUGCAGCUCUGUCUGCCGCUCUUCAGGUCGGGCUCUCCAUGCUGCAAGCUGAAGCCGCCAGGGAUGCUGACGCUCUUCAGGUCAAGAACAAGGCAGACGCAGCCCUGAAGUAAGCGCGGGAGGCUGCUCGCCUCCAGGAAAAGGAGGAAGCUGCCAAGGAGAAGGAGCAACAGGCCGCCCUGAAGGCGGCUCGAGAGUCAGCUGAG